GUGUCUCGACAGGCUCAUUGCUGGCUGCUCAGGAGAAUGGAAGAUGAAUUUAUCAUUUCUCGCUCAAAAUUGCCUCUGUUCCAGCAAUACCAGUCUCAUAUUUCCUCACUUUUCGCUGUGUGUUUACAGAUUAGUACUCCAGGAACGUUUAUUCCAGCGAAUUACGGCUCCCUGAUCUGGAUUAAAGUGAAAUCCGGGUCACCCGAACUGUCACUACAACAACAACAACAGGAUGUAAAAAGUGCGAAGGAGUACAUCUUAUCCCUGACUGGAGAUAACGAGGAUUGCUGCACAGAAAGUCUACGCUUGAGUCCAGAGAGGUUUGAUUGGCUUCAAAGGCAUGUCACAGAGAUAGAGAUAAAUUCCAGGGCAGUCAUCAGUCUGCAUAAUGAUGAUUCCUCCGUGCAGAUUCAUGGACAUCCUGAAAACAGAGCCUUGGCACACUCCUGUAUAGACUUUCUCCUCCAGGGAAAUGCUUCCAGGGAAAGUACUUCCCUAAUCCCUGAUGCUCAGAUGCCAGCAGGUUUUAAAAGUCGUGGGGAAAUGGGUGGACACAGAACUAAACUGCCCCUCCCCCAACCAUGUUUGAGCCCUGGGGCAGACUCUUGUUAUGGUUCUAGUGAUGACUGUUUGGCCUGCCCACCACCCCCACCUCCUAGAACAGAUAAGCCUUGUGUGAGAGAACCACAGAUCCCCUCCACACCUGGUAGUACCUCACCCUCAGCUCACUCAGACAGUCCACCGUCCUCUGAUCCUGAGCUGGAUACCAUCAAGUCUGACAGCUACCUUUCUAAGCUACAGUUUGGCAUAAGACUUGGCUUCUCAGAAGCUCAAGUGUCGAGUGUUUUACAGAAGCGAGGAAUAGAUGUACCACAGAAUGAGUUGCUGUCAGAACUGGUAAGCCUGGGGUCGGGUUCUCACAUGCCCCCGACAACCAGUAGGGUGAGCGGGAAUCUGGACAGCGGUGACAUGGACAGUGGCUGGUUGUCUGGCAGUGGAGCUGGUGUUGAGAGCAGUGGAGUAACAGGAGAAUCAGGAAGCAAAACAGAGUUGUCUCUCCCCCUAACUACAGACAAUGACCUGUCCUCUCACAACACAGACACAAGCUACAGACCCAUCGUUAUUGACGGUAGUAAUGUGGCCAUGAGUCAUGGCAACAAGGCAGUAUUUUCCUGUCGAGGAAUCCAGCUAGCAGUGGACUGGUUUAAGAAGAAAGGGUGUAAAGAUAUCACAGUCUUUGUGCCUCAGUGGAGGAAGGAGAGCCCCAGGCAAGAUGCACCAAUUGACGAUCAGCAUAUUCUGACAGAACUAGAGCAGGAGCAGAUAUUGUCAUUUACCCCAGCCAGGAGGAUAGGAGGGAAGCGUAUGGUGUGCUAUGAUGACCGCUAUGUCCUUAAGCUGGCGGCAGAAAUUGGGGGCAUUGUCGUGUCCAAUGACAAUUACCGUGACUUGCUAGAAGAGAACAAGGAAUUUAAAAGAGUAGUGGAAGAGCGACUUCUCAUGUAUUCAUUUGUGCGUGACAUGUUCAUGCCCCCUGAUGACCCCUUAGGCAGACAUGGCCCCAGCCUGGAGAAUUUCCUCCGUAAAGAACCCACAGAGCCAGAACCCAAACCACCACCCUGUCCAUAUGGGAAGAAGUGUACGUACGGGAACAAGUGCAAGUAUUACCACGCAGAGAGGGGCAACCUGCCUCAAAAAACCAUCACAGAGAAGCUUGCUGAGCAAGCUAAGCAGAACCUGCUGGAGGUGACAGAGAGAAGUAAGACAGACAAGAAGAAAACUGGUAAAAAGCAGAAACAGCCUGAGAAAAAGGUAUUGACUCGAACCCACUCUUGUACAACAGCACUAUUGAGCGAGGACUUGGUCCCACCACCCCGACCCCCCAGAAAGCCUAUAUCCUCCCCCAACCCUCGGCUCUCACCCUUUAGUGACAUCCUGGAUACCCAGGCAGUGGAAAACCCUGAGUUUAAGGCCUACAAUGACAAGCUGUCAGAACUGAGCAAAAACAUUCCGGUGGAUAACUAUGGACAGAGGACAAGUAAAGAUGCUCUGGAUGUGCCCCCAGGUUAUUGUGAAACUGGCCUGUGGGCCCCACCAGAGCUGGGUAAAGCCCGUGCUAGUCCACAGUUGGUGACUGGUCACUUAGAGCUGGCCCAGACCCUCUCUGAUGAGGCCAACCGAGAGCAGAGACAGAAGAGCCUGCUACAGCAACAGGAAGAGCUGAAGCAAGACCUCAAGCGAGGCCUUCAGCCGCUGGUUUAUGAGCCAUCAGGGGAGGAUCAUCUUCAGAGGAUCACACAGCAGCAGUUACACAUACAAGAGAUCCCACAUCCCCGAGGGACCUCCCCAAACCAUGGCUGGCCCAAGGAGGACAAUCAACAGUACAGUCAGCCAAGAUACGCGUCAGACUUGUCUACUAGUUAUGCCACAUCCAGUAUGAACUGUCAGAACAGUACCUCUGAUCCAAUGUUAGAUAAGCCAGAUGUCAUGUCUUCUAGAACUCAGUAUGGACAUUUGGUCAAUCCCAUGUUCACCCACAGGCAGCCAUCCUACCCUCAGUCUUACCACUCUCAUCAACCGUAUAAUGCCCCCAGCGGACAGUACCCCUUGGGUAGCUCGUCAAACUUCGUUCCACAUGGAUAUUUCCAGAUGCCUGGUCCACAACUCGGCAUGAUGAGGACAGAAGUAGGGAGUAUGGGGACAGGAAAUUGGCCUCAUCAAACUGUUCCACCUUCAUCACUGCUCUCAGAGGGAAGUUUUCCAGCAGACACGCCAAUUUUGCCCACAGACCAACGGUACAAUUUAUAUUACCACUUAUGUGGUCUCUUUAAGGAACCUGAUGUACGUGCGAUUAUGAACAGACUCCCUAAUGAAACUAACCCUCAAGUCCUCUGUGCCCACCUUUUGAGUUUAAACCACUGAACUGGCAUCCAG